AUGACUACCAGGACAAGGUUGACGAAAAGUCGGCUACAGAUACCAACUAAGGAAGGGCUGGUAUACUAUGAGGAAAGAGAUUCCAAGGUUGGAGAUGGAGUUGGAUGUCCAGGACAAAGUACAGCAAAGUGCACCUAUUGCAGCGCACAGCAACGAUCUGGUAGGACACUGGAGCAGGAGCUGAAGACACUGAGAGCUGAAAUUGCCAUUAAAUCCCGUCAAGCCAAACGUGCGGAGCUUCAGAGGAACCAGGCCUUGAGCAACGCAGAAAGGCUGUCAGUCACAUUGAAAAACUACAAGGAUGAAGUUGGUGAAAAGUUGACAAAGGUCAUGAAGAGUGAGAGCAGGCUGAAACAGACCCUCAUAGUGUGUGAUGGAGAGAGAAUGGAGUUGGACAAGAGAUGUGUUGCACUGGAGAGAGAAAAAGAUGAAAGUCAUCAAACAAUCCGCCGUCUGAAGGAGAGGUGUGAGCGUGCUGAGGCCCAGAACACGGAGUGCAGUCUGCUCCAGAGCCAGGUGCAGGGUGCUGAACAUGACAUGAAGAUGGAGUUAAAUCAACAGCAGGAAGAGGUGCAGAAUCUUAAGAAGGAGCAACAGGAUUUGAAUCAACUCAUCGCCUUUCAGCAGCAGCGUCUGGCUGAGCAGCAGCAGGAGAUUCAGCAGAAGGUUUCAGAGCUGCACAGCCUGGAAGAGAUUCUCCAACGUCUGCAUCUGAGAGAGGGUACAGAGGGUGUCUUCUGUGUAAAUCCCUGUCUCCUCACCUCGGCUCCACAUGCAACAAACAACGACCAAGUCAACCUCCAAACAGGGCAGUGCUACCAGCAACUACUGUCUGUGCUGCAAAGCUCCAACCAAGAGAGAAGUCAGCAGGCAGUGCAGCAGAGGGAGCUUCAGGCACAGCUGCAGUCCGCUCAGGCACAGCUGAGUUCCAUGGAGACUACACUUGGCCAGCGGGCGGCGCACUACCAGAGCCUCUAUGCUGAGCUAUUGGACAAAGCCUCACACACUGCAGCAUUAGAGAAAGAGCUGAAGAAGACGAAGUCUUGUCUGGUGAUUCUACAGGAACAGCUAUUGGAGAAGAGCUCAGCCUACUCACAGGCAGCGAGGAGGAACUGUCAGUUAGAGCAGGAACUUCUGGAUCAGAUUAGUGUCCUUGACAAAAAACAAAGAGAGUUUCAACAAGCUCUUGACAACAUCCAAGAAGUCCGCUCUGAAAAGAUGAAGAAACACACAGACAUGAUGGAAGUGCUGCAGUUGUCACUGGAUCAGAAGCAAAGUGAGAUGAAGGUUCUGGAACAGACUAUAUGCCUCAGAGACAGACAGAGAGAAGAGGCCCAGCAUGCAGCCAGCCUUCUGCAGGUGUCUCUGGACCGGCUUACUGAAGGUAGCAAGGUCGAAACCAAGCGGAAUGAGGAGGCCUUACAGCACUGCAAAGAAAGGGCUGCAGAAUCAGCUGCUAAGGUGAAGAGCCUGGAGGCGGCGCUCCGCUCCUGUCAGGAGGAGCUAGUCCAUUGCCACCAGAUGAUUCAGGAAGCCAAUCAGGAGUGUGUGAGACAGUUACAACUAAAAAGCAAUGAGGUGGCGGCGCUGCAGAAGGAGGUGGAUCAGGAGCAGAGAGAACGACUCCGAGAGGAAGAGGAGGCCCGUCGCCAGGCAGGAGAGUUGACCAGGAAGGAGAGGGAGCUGAAGGAGGCCAGUCACCAAGCAGCACAUCUCUCUCACUCAAUUACGGAGCUCAGUGCUGAGAUGGUGAGGUGUCGGGGGGAGCUGAGUGCCAUGGAGCUGGAGCUGCUCCAUCUAAGGAAGGACAGCAGCUCCAAAGCCUCUCAGCUCUGUCAAAUGGAGGAGGAGAUACAGCAAACACAUGGCCUGUUAAAGAAGAAGAGUGAGACUGUGGUUAUGUUGGAGGAGAAGUUGCAGCGCCGUGAGUUGAAUGAAUGCGACUCGGUGCAGCGUACCGAGGCCCUGGAGCAGCAGCUGCAGGUGAUGCGGGCUGAGUUUGCAAACACACUGCAGCAUCUUGAAGAGUUGCGCACGGUUUUCCAGCAUACACACCUCACCUCUCAACAGCAGCAGGCUGACAUGGAGAAGCUCUCCGCUGCGCUCAGAGAAAGUCAGGUGGAACUGGAGAAGAGGAACCAUGACGUGUUCAACAUGGAUGCUGCACUGAAGGAACAUCAGGACGAGCUACAGCAAAGAGCACAACUGCUGGGCCAGCUAGAUGUUUUGAUCCGUGAGCAUAACAUGGAGAUGGAGAUGAAGGUUCUGCAGCUACAGGAGGCUCUGGAGAAGACAGGGGCAAGUCUAAAGGACAGAAAUGAAGAGGUCAUCCCUUCCAGAACAGCUGACUCCUCUUUUCUGCACUGAUCAGACUGUUUCGAUUGGUCUGUGUGCUGGACUCACCAAGGAUGACCCAGUCAACAACAACACUGACCUCUGACCUCUCCAUGAACCCCCUCACCUACAUGCUGGACCCCAAGGGGUGCAUCAGGAGCAGACAAGAUGAUCUUUUGCUCCCCGUUCAAACUGUGGCUCUACUGUGAACCGUGUGACAUCAGCUGAAGGGUUUUAAAUGAUGUCUGUGUUGGUUAUAAUUAUUAUAAUUAUUAUAAUGUCAAUACACACAUGUGCAGUGGGGCUGGGAUGUGGAGAUUGGCAUUUUGAUAGCAACCACGAGUGGGACAUUUUACAGUCAGAUUUUUACCAAAGUAAAAGAAAUGACAUUAAACAUCUCAUCAAAAGGGAAGAGCUGAUUUCAUAGCCAUUAAGCUAUUUCAUUUAUGGGCAUUUUUUAAUCAUCUUCAUGAUCAUCUCAUUUAGAGUGGGUAGGAUAAAAAAAAGGUAUACAUUCAACCACUUUCAAACUAAAUCUCUUCCAGUUGAGUCCAUUCACAGUAUUCUGGCACUGGAGCAACUACUUGGCACUCACCGUGAAGAUUCUUAAACUCUGAAUCAAUGUUUCAGCAUCUUUAGUAGUGCAAGUUUACAUGCACGUUAUUUACAUCUAUUUACAUCAGUGAUGAUGAGGGCCCCUCAAGGCAGCCUCCAUGUGUAAUAAUCAUGACCGUCAUCAUUUCAGAUGCCUUAAUGUUUUAUGCUAAUAAAAGUCUUUUUUGUCAAAGAAAA